AUGUCCACUUCGUCUGACGUCGAGGCCCACAAGGUCGAAACAGCAGUGGAUCUUGAAUCAAAUACUCCUAGAAACGUUCCCGACGCUGAACACCCAACUCUCCUGGCAAGGCCUGCUGGAGGAGCAGGCUCGCCUCUCACUAACCAUGCCAUUGCAUUCUUGGGAGAGUUCUUCGGAACCUUUAUUUUCCUCUGGACUGCCUUUGUCAUUGCUCAGAUCGCCAACCAGUCUCCUGACAUUCCUCCCGCUGGCCAGGGCUCUUCCCCAGGUCAAUUGAUUAUGAUUUCCCUCGGUUUUGGUUUUGGUGUCAUGGUUGGUGUUUUUAUCUUUUUCAGAGUGUCUGGUGGUAACUUGAAUCCGGCCGUAACUUUGACUUUGGUGUUAGCCAAAGCGGUGCCUCCAAUCAGAGGCGUGGUGAUGAUGGUGGCCCAGAUGAUUGCUGGUAUGGCUGCUGCUGGUGCCGCUUCGGCCAUGACUCCGGGCCCAAUUGCGUUUGCCAACUCGCUUGGUGGUGACGCUUCUAGGUCCAGAGGUGUUUUCAUUGAGGCUUUUGCAACCGCUCUCUUGUGCUUGACGGUGUUGUUUUUGGCUGUCGAGAAGGCAAGAGCAACUUUCAUGGCUCCUUUUGUCAUUGGAGUUGCUUUGUUUUUGGGCCAUUUGAUUUCCGUUUAUUACACCGGUGCCGGUCUCAACCCUGCCCGUUCUUUUGGACCCUGUAUUGCUGCCAGCUCCUUCCCUAACUACCACUGGAUUUACUGGGUGGGCCCAUUUUUGGGAUCUUUCAUUGCCUUCGGUAUCUGGAAGACUUUCAAGAUUUUGGAGUACGAGACGUGCAACCCUGGUCAGGACUCUGAUGCCUGA